AUGGAUCGUUCCCGGGGCACUCCUAUGGACGCAGGUGACUUACCUGGAAGUCCAAUUAGAGGCGAUUCCGUGAUGGGGAAUGAGCGAGCGACUGAAUCCCCUGAAGAAGGAGAAAAAGAAGAAAAGAAUUCAGCAAAGCCUUCGAUAGUAAUCGAUAAUAUCGGAGAACCAGCAAAACCUUUAAAACGCGGCACUCCACACUCCGAUACUCGAGCAGCCGGCACGAUCAGCAGCGCACGUAGCGAUUUCAUUGCACGUCGGAGACGUCGGGACGCUUUGACCGCGAUCGCGCGACCACGUAGAAAUACAUGGCACGCGGAAAAUAAAGGCGAUGCCGUGACAGAUGACGACUCGAGCAGAUCGUCAAGGAUCGACGUUAUCGGCGAUCAUGCAGAGCGAGACUGUGCUCUCGAUGCGACGAACUCGGCAGGAUUUUGGAACGUCAGGAUUGCUGACGACGACCGUCACACUUGUUGCGUCUCGAUCGACGCGACCACGUUUCUCGCGCGGCGUGGACCAGCCCGCGACCUUAUCAUCGAACGGCGGAAUCGACGAGUUGGUAGUGACCUGCUGACUCGCAGCAGGUCAAUCGCGGCAGGUGAAGAGAUAUUCCGCAGCACGGUGAAUGAUAUUACGAUAGGAAGGGAAGAUCGGUUUUUCGAGAUUCCGCUCGUCGGUACCACGGAUUUUCCCGAGUGCAACGGACGUACCUUAUCCAGCAACACUUCAAGUAUCGUGCUCCAUGAAGUGAACGGAGGAUCAUCGACAACUGUCCGCGAAAUCGGAAGACCUAUCGAUAGCGACGUCAACACGGAGAACCUUCGGACUAGUGGUCCCAGACUGAUCGAAAUCGGUAUCGUCGAAUCCUCGUGCGAGGAGCAACCGUGCGUUCUCGCUGAAGAGAUUGUACGCCGAAGAGACACGUCGCCUACGGUGCGAUUUCCCGCGAAACUUGAUCCCGGUGGACGUGCGUGGCGGACCAAGACGGACACGCGCUGGAGAUUGCCGAGGAUCGGCCUCGUCCAGCGAACUCUUCUGCUGGGACUACUCGCGACGAGUCUGCUCUGCGACAUGGUGCUGACCGCGCCAUCAUCAUCGUCAGCAAAGCUAGAAAUGACAAGGAACAACAUUGGCGACGACGAGCUAGAGAUCAUCAGGAGAAGCAUCGUGCAAGGCCUCGGGCUCCAGAGGAUACCUGAUCCUUCAAAGGCGAACGUGAGCCAGGCCGAGUACGAGAGAGCGCACAGAGAGUACCUGAAACAAGUGCAGCUGUCGCACGAUGGACAGAAAUUUAGAACGCGACGGGAUCUCCAUGUAUUCCAGGCUGCUGAGCAUCCGGGGAAUAAAUCGAGUCUUGGCUUCAGCCUGAGGGGAGGGUACCACCGUCACUCCCUGUACUUUCCCGUCGCGGUUUCCGGCGACGCGGAGGACGUCACGGUCGAUCACGCGUCCCUGAGAUUCCUUCUCCAAGGCGAUCACAGACGUCCACGUGAUCUCGAGGCGCUGAUCUAUCUCCGCACGUCGGUCUCUCGACGUCUCCUGCUGCGGCGCGAGAUCCCGCAGGGCGAGCCGACGGGUUCCCGGUGGAUGGAAUUGGAUUCCACCGAAGCGGCUGCGAGCUGGCUCGAGGAUAGUCUGGAGAAUCACGGCCUCGAACUGGAAUUUCUUCACGACGGUCAGCCGAUACGGCGCGAGGUUUCCCACGCAACGUUGAACGUGUUCACCACGUCGGAGCCUGGAAGUGGUAGAAGAAAGAGGUCCACUCCCGAGGAACUGAUGCCGCUGCACAAAGGCCGGCGCAGCCGGUGUAAGGGUGACAACAACAAGAAAUGCUGUCGACACGAGCUGACGGUGAUGUUCAAGGACCUGAAGGGCUUUGAGUUCAUCGUAUACCCGAAGGGCUUCGACGCCGGCUACUGUAAGGGCCGUUGCCCACCCCGAUACAAUCCAGCACAUCAUCACGCUCUGCUGCAGAGUCUAUUGUGGAAGGAGGACCGGAAGAGGGUACCUAAGCCGUGCUGCGCACCCAGCAAGCUCGAUCAGCUGAUGAUCGUCUACUUCGACGAGAACCAGUCAACGCAGCUGAAGGUGUCUUAUUGGAAGAACAUCCAGGUGUUGGAGUGCGCCUGCUCGUAAAUAAGAAGAGAGGAAAAGAGAG